AUGAAAUCGGCCCACUCCAUAACCGGAUCAACCGAGUUCAGGCCAGCAGGCGUGCACCCGUCCUCAGUUCGCUUCCCAGCGUGGAAGCAGCCCAGAAGAGAAGCCCAGCACGAGGAAGCCCAGACGUACACAUAUGUUGUCAUAUUAUCGUUGUUUUCCAUAUACGUCUUCAGAAUACCAAACCCUACCCCGUCGCCUGUCACCAGUCAAGAUAGCCAACGUUGCCGACGCCGCCACCUCCACCGCCGCCAGCCGGUCUCCGAUCAAUCUGCUUAUUUAUGCACCAUGCCUGAACAGCGCAACCCAAAUGGCCAACCUGCCAAUGGCAAUGGAUCUGGAGGCAAUGCAUACACGAUUGACUUGAACACAUUCAGCAAGAGAUUACAGGCUCUGUACACUCACUGGCGCCACCACAAAGAUGAGUACUGGGGCUCUUCCAAUGUCCUUGCUGUUGCCACACCACCUCCUUCCGAAGACCUGCGCUACCUGAAGUCCUCUGCCCUCCAUAUAUGGUUGCUCGGUUAUGAAUUUCCAGAGACGAUCAUAGUAUUCGAAGACAAGCAUAUUCACUUCCUGUGCAGCCAAAAAAAAGCAUCACUGCUCGAGGUCGUGGGAAAGCCCGCUCGAGAAGCAGUUGGCGUUGAUGUAGUCAUGCACGUGAAGGCAAAAAAUGAUAGCGGCAGCAGUUACAUGGACUCUAUUCUCCGUGCCAUCCGUUCACACUCAAAGUCGGACGAUCACGAGUCCCCAAUCAUCGGGUACAUAGCUCGAGAAGCCCCGGAGGGCAAACUCCUCGAACUGUGGUCGGAUAAGUUGAAAGAUUCGGGUCUCAAGCUGAGCGACAUAUCCAGUGGGUUGUCCGAACUUCUCGCCGUGAAGGAUAAGAAUGAGAUCACUUGCAUAAAGAAAGCCGCAUACUUGACUGCCUCUGCAAUGAAGAACUUUGUGGUCCCGAAAGUCGAGAAGGUGAUUGAUGAGGAGAAGAAAGUCACACACUCGUCUCUAAUGGAGGACACAGAGAAGGCUAUACUGGACCCGAUAAAAAUCGGCGUCAAGCUCAAGGCGGAGAACGUGGAUAUCUGCUACCCGCCAAUUUUUCAAAGCGGGGGAAGUUAUGAUCUCCGGCCCAGUGCCUCAAGCAACGACGAGUAUCUGUACUAUGAUUCCUCCAGCAUCAUCAUCUGCGCCAUUGGGUCCCGUUACAACAGUUAUUGCUCGAACAUUGCCCGAACGUAUCUUAUCGACUCGAACUCGAUGCAGAGCAAGGCUUAUGAGGUCCUCCUCCGAGCCCACGAGGCAGCCAUCCUUGCGGUGAAGCCCGGGAACAAGGCGUGCGCGGUUUACGAUGCAGCUGUCUCUGUCGUGAAGAGAGACUCCCCCGAGCUGUUUCCUAACCUGACGAAAUCGGCCGGGACCGGCAUUGGGCUCGAGUUCCGCGAAUCGGGAUUGAGCCUGAACGCGAAGAACGAACGUGUGCUGAAGGCGGGGAUGGUCUUCAACGUCUCGCUCGGGUUCCAGUACUUAGAGGCCAAGACGAGCAAGCCCACCAAGAACCAGAACUUUUCGCUGCUGCUUGCUGACACGGUCAUCGUGAACGAGAACGGACGCGAAAUUGUCACUUUGGCAUGCUCGAAAUUACUGAAGGACGUGGCAUAUUCGUUUAACGAGGACGAGGAGGACGAGCAGCCGAAGGUGCGUGCCGAGUCGAAUGUUGCCUCGAAGGGCGUCGUCUACUCCAAGGCGACCCUCCGUUCGGACAAUGGGGAGCUAUCAAAGGAAGAACUGAGGAAGCAGCACCAAGCGGAGCUCGCCCGCCAGAAGAACGAGGAGACGGCUCGCCGCCUGGCCGGCGUGGAGUCGGGUGGAGGGGAUGGGCGAGCUUCUGCUCGGGCCGCCAGCGACCUGAUCGCAUACAAGAACGUAAACGAGCUGCCGCCGCCGAGGGAAAUGAUGAUCCAGGUGGACCAGAAGAAUGAAGCCAUCCUGCUCCCGAUCUACGGCAGCAUGGUCCCGUUCCACGUGGCGACCGUGAAGACUGUGUCGAGCCAGCAGGAUACCAACCGAAACUGCUAUGUGCGUAUCAUCUUCAACGUGCCGGGCACUCCCUUCAGCCCGCACGAUGCCAACUCGCUGAAGAACCAGGGUGCCGUGUACCUCAAGGAGGUGUCCUUCCGGUCCAAGGACUCGCGCCACAUCAGCGAGGUGGUGCAGCUGAUAAAGACGCUGAGGCGCAAUGUGAUGGCCCGUGAGUCGGAACGGGCGGAGCGGGCUACCCUUGUGACCCAAGAAAGGCUCGUUCUCUCGGGCAACCGUUUCAAGCCGAUCCGGCUACACGACCUCUGGAUACGGCCCGUGUUCGGGGGCCGAGCCCGGAAGCUGACGGGCACGCUGGAGGCCCAUGCGAAUGGGUUCCGGUUCUCGACUUCGAGGGCGGACGAGCGGGUCGACAUCAUGUACGGCAACAUCAAACACGCCUUUUUCCAGCCGGCUGAGAAGGAGAUGAUCACGCUCGUCCAUUUUCACCUCCACAACCACAUCAUGGUCGGCAACAAGAAGACAAAGGAUGUCCAGUUUUACGUCGAGGUCAUGGAAAUGGUUCAGAACAUCGGCGGCAGCAAGCGAUCUGCCUACGAUCCCGACGAGAUUGAGGAGGAGCAGAGGGAGCGCGACCGGAAGAACAAGAUCAACACCGAUUUCCAGCACUUUGUGAAUCGAGUCAACGACCUGUGGGGACAAGGCCAGUUCAAAGGCCUCGACCUCGAAUUCGACCAGCCUCUCCGUGAGCUGGGCUUCCAUGGAGUUCCUUACAAGGCCUCGGCCUUCAUCGUCCCCACUUCCAGCUGUCUGGUUGAGCUGAUCGAGACUCCCUUCCUCGUCAUUUCUCUUGCCGAUAUUGAGAUUGUCAACUUGGAGCGCGUGGGCCUUGCGCAGAAGAACUUCGACAUGGCAAUCGUGUUCAAAGACUUCAAACGGGAUGUGAUGAGGAUCGACUCGAUACCCUCGACCUCGCUCGACGGCAUCAAGGAGUGGCUCGACACGACUGACAUCAAGUACUAUGAGAGCCGGCUCAAUCUCAACUGGCGUCCCAUAUUGAAAACGAUCACGGACGAUCCCCAACAGUUCAUAGAGGAAGGCGGGUGGGAGUUCCUCAACCUGGAGGCCACCGACUCGGACUCGGACCAUUCGGCCGAGUCGGACCAGGGUUACGAGCCAUCGGAUGCCGAGCCCGAGUCGGAAUCGGAGGAUGAUGACUCGGACAGCGAGUCGCUGGUGGAGUCGGAGGAUGACGAGGAGGAGGAUGACUCUGAAGGGGAUGAGCAGGGGAAAACGUGGGAGGAGCUCGAGAGGGAGGCCAGCAAUGCCGACAGGGAGAAGGGAAACGAGUCGGACAGCGNACGAGAGGAGGAGGAGGAAGAUGAAGGCUUCCGGAAAGGCCAGGGUGGGGCCCAGCAUCCCGGCUGCCUCCAAGCGGUCCAAGUUUAG